CAGCCGGCGCAAGCGGGCCAAGGUAGAGUACAGAGAGAUGGAUGAAAGCUUGGCCAACCUCUCAGAGGAUGAGUAUUAUUCAGAAGAAGAGAGAAAUGCUAAAGCAGAGAAGGAAAAGAAGCUUCCCCCACCACCCCCGCAAGCUCCACCUGAGGAAGAAAAUGAAAGUGAGCCUGAGGAACCAUCUGGUGUAGAGGGUGCAGCUUUCCAGAGUAGACUUCCGCAUGAUCGGAUGACUUCUCAAGAAGCAGCGUGUUUUCCAGAUAUCAUCAGUGGACCACAGCAGACACAGAAGGUUUUUCUAUUUAUUAGGAACCGUACAUUGCAGUUGUGGUUGGAUAAUCCAAAGAUUCAGCUGACAUUUGAGGCCACUCUCCAACAAUUGGAAGCACCUUACAACAGUGAUACUGUUCUUGUCCACCGAGUUCACAGUUACUUAGAGCGUCAUGGUCUUAUCAACUUCGGCAUCUAUAAGAGGAUAAAGCCCCUCCCAACUAAAAAGACAGGAAAAGUAAUCAUCAUAGGCUCGGGGGUAUCGGGCCUGGCGGCGGCUCGUCAGCUACAGAGCUUCGGGAUGGACGUCACACUUCUAGAAGCCAGGGAUCGUGUGGGUGGACGAGUUGCUACGUUUCGCAAAGGAAACUAUGUAGCUGAUCUUGGAGCCAUGGUAGUAACAGGUCUUGGAGGGAAUCCUAUGGCUGUGGUCAGCAAACAAGUAAAUAUGGAACUGGCCAAGAUCAAGCAAAAAUGCCCACUUUAUGAAGCUAAUGGACAAGCUGUUCCUAAAGAGAAAGAUGAAAUGGUAGAGCAAGAGUUUAACCGGUUGCUAGAAGCUACAUCUUACCUUAGUCAUCAACUAGACUUCAAUGUCCUCAAUAAUAAGCCUGUGUCCCUUGGUCAGGCCUUGGAAGUUGUCAUUCAGUUACAAGAAAAGCACGUCAAAGAUGAGCAGAUUGAACAUUGGAAGAAGAUAGUGAAAACUCAGGAGGAACUGAAAGAACUUCUUAAUAAGAUGGUAAAUUUAAAAGAGAAAAUUAAAGAACUCCAUCAGCAAUACAAAGAAGCAUCUGAAGUCAAGCCACCCAGAGAUAUCACUGCUGAGUUCUUAGUGAAAAGCAAACACAGGGAUCUGACUGCCCUGUGCAAGGAAUAUGACGAAUUAGCUGAAACACAAGGAAAACUAGAAGAAAAACUUCAAGAAUUGGAAGCCAAUCCCCCAAGUGAUGUAUAUCUCUCGUCAAGAGACAGACAGAUACUUGAUUGGCAUUUUGCAAAUCUGGAAUUUGCUAAUGCCACACCUCUCUCUACACUCUCCCUUAAACAUUGGGAUCAGGAUGAUGACUUUGAGUUUACCGGCAGCCACCUGACAGUGAGGAAUGGCUACUCCUGUGUGCCUGUGGCGUUAGCAGAAGGCCUGGAUAUUAAGCUGAACACAGCGGUUCGGCAGGUUCGCUACACAGCUUCAGGAUGUGAAGUGAUAGCUGUGAAUACCCGCUCCACGAGCCAGACUUUUAUUUAUAAAUGCGAUGCAGUUCUCUGUACCCUUCCCCUGGGUGUGUUGAAGCAGCAGCCACCAGCUGUUCAGUUUGUGCCGCCUCUUCCUGAGUGGAAGACAUCUGCAGUCCAGAGGAUGGGAUUUGGCAACCUUAACAAGGUCGUGCUGUGUUUUGACCGGGUGUUCUGGGAUCCAAGUGUCAAUCUGUUCGGACAUGUGGGCAGUACGACUGCCAGCAGGGGUGAGCUCUUCCUCUUCUGGAACCUCUAUAAAGCUCCAAUACUAUUGGCACUAGUGGCAGGAGAAGCUGCUGGCAUCAUGGAAAACAUAAGUGAUGAUGUGAUUGUUGGCCGAUGCCUGGCCAUUCUUAAAGGGAUUUUUGGUAGCAGUGCAGUGCCCCAGCCCAAGGAAACUGUGGUGUCUCGCUGGCGCGCUGAUCCCUGGGCCCGGGGCUCCUAUUCCUAUGUAGCUGCAGGAUCAUCUGGAAAUGACUAUGACUUAAUGGCUCAGCCAAUCACUCCUGGCCCCUCAAUUCCAGGUGCCCCACAGCCUAUUCCACGACUCUUCUUUGCUGGAGAACAUACAAUCCGUAACUACCCAGCGACAGUCCAUGGUGCUCUGCUGAGUGGGCUGCGAGAAGCAGGAAGGAUUGCAGACCAAUUCUUGGGGGCUAUGUACACCCUGCCUCGCCAGGCCACUCCAGGCGUCCCUGCACAGCAGUCCCCAAGCAUGUGAGACAGAUGUAUUCAAAGGGAAGAGGCUGAUAUGUAUGUCUUUUGCUGCAUAAGCAAAGCUCUUCUAGCAAUAUUAGAUUCCACUGAGAAAUUCACCCUGGCAUCCGGGCUCGUGGUGGUCAGGUAGCCAAGGAGGUUGCCUCCUUUAGGUGAUUUAGAGCAGGGUAGGCCUUGUCCGUUAGUGUGGGCGUCUGCGUUCUUUGUUAGGACUGAGGCAGGCAAGCACUCUGCGAGAACAUCUAGCCUGUGUGUGUGGUGAGUUUUUAUAUUUUGAGAAUAAAACUUCAUAGAAAAUUA